AUGGCAUCCAUAGACCACACUCAUUCCCACGAUGGCGGGUUCAGCCAUUCUCAUGACAGUGCUCUCGGUGACCACGGCCAUACGCACGAGAUCCUCGACGGCCCCGGUUCGUUUCUGAGCCGCGAACAGCCGCUGUCGAACCACGAGGGAAGGGAUUGGAAGGAUAGAGCUUUCACGAUUGGCAUUGGCGGACCAGUCGGAUCAGGCAAAACAGCGUUGAUGUUGAAGCUAUGCCUGGCAUUGAGGGACGAAUAUAACAUCGCGGCGGUGACAAAUGAUAUUUUCACAAGGGAAGACGCCGAGUUCCUCACCCGCAACCAAGCCCUGGCCCCCGAGCGAAUCAGUGCCAUCGAGACCGGCGGGUGCCCUCAUGCAGCCGUGCGCGAGGAUAUCAGCGCUAAUUUGCUUGCUCUUCAAACCCUCCAACGCAAAUUCACCACGGAUCUACUGCUGAUCGAAUCCGGCGGUGAUAACCUCGCCGCCAACUACUCGCGGGAACUCGCCGAUUAUAUUAUCUACGUGAUCGAUGUUGCCGGCGGCGACAAGGUGCCGCGCAAGGGCGGGCCGGGGAUUACGGGUAGUGACUUGUUGGUGAUCAACAAGGUUGACCUGGCGGAAGCGGUGGGUGCGGAUUUGGAUGUGAUGGCUCGUGAUGCGGGCAAGAUCCGGGAAGGUGGGCCGACGGUGUUUGGCUCUGUAAAGCAUGGGAAUGGUGUGGAGCAUAUUGUCAAUUUGAUUAUUAGUGCGUGGAAGGGGAGUGGAGGGUAUGAUGAGAGUUUGCAGAGAUGGAAGAAUGGUGCGGUUAGGGGGUCGGGCGCUGUGUAA